AUGGAUUUGCCUGGACCAAUACACGAUUUUCUUUUAGUUUUUCUGGGAUCGGGUCUUCUAUUAGGGGGCCUGGGAGUGGUAUUACUUACCAAUCCAAUUUAUUCUGCCUUUUCAUUGGGAUUGGUUCUUGUUUGUAUAUCCUUAUUCUAUAUUCUCUCAAAUUCUCAUUUUGUAGCCGCUGCCCAGCUCCUUAUUUAUGUGGGAGCCAUAAAUGUUUUAAUCCUAUUUGCUGUCAUGUUCAUGAAUGGUUCAGAAUAUUAUAAAGAUUUUAAUCUGUGGACCAUUGGGAAUGGCGUUACUUCGUUGGUUUGUACAAGUAUUCUUGUUUCGCUAAUUACUACUAUAUUAGAUACAUCAUGGUACGGGAUUAUUUGGACUACAAGAUCAAACCAAAUUAUAGAACAAGAUUUGAUAAGUAAUAGUCAACAAAUUGGAAUUCAUUUAGCAACAGAUUUUUUUCUUCCAUUUGAAUUCAUUUCAAUAAUUCUUUUAGUUGCUUUGAUAGGUGCAAUUGCUGUGGCUCGUCAGUAA